CAAACACUCAAAUCCUUUCAUAUGGCUACUUCUCCUUCUUCGUCUCGCACCUGGGAGUACAAUGUCUUCACGAGCUUCCAUGGACCAGACGUCCGUAAGACUUUUCUCAGUCAUUUACGCAACCAGUUUAACCAAAAUGGUAUCACAAUGUUCGAUGACAAUGGGAUCCCGAGAAGCGAAAAUAUACCAUCUGCUCUCAUACAAGGGAUUAGAGAAUCAAGGAUCUCGAUCAUAGUGCUCUCGAAGAUGUAUGCUUCGUCCAGGUGGUGUUUGGAUGAGCUAUUAGAGAUUUUGAAGUGCAAAGAAGAUGUAGGUAAAAUAGUGAUGACCGUCUUCUACGGAGUUGAUCCAUCUGAUGUGCGGAACCAAACUGGAGAUUUCGGGAUCGCUUUCAAUAAAACUUGUGCUCGAAAAACAAAGGAGCAUGGGAGAAAAUGGAGCGAAGCUUUGGACUAUGUGGGCAACAUAGCCGGAGAACACAACUGGGGCAAUGAAGCAGAAAUGAUCGCGAAGAUUGCAAGAGAUGUUUCAGAUAGAUUGAACGCCACACUGUCUAGGGAUUUUGAUGGCAUGGUUGGACUUGAAACUCAUUUGAGAGAAAUGGAGUCUUUGCUUAAUUUUGAUUAUGUUGGAGUUAAAAUUGUUGGGUUAGCUGGUCCUGCAGGUAUUGGUAAGAGCACCAUUGCCAGAGCUUUAUGUAGUGGACUCUCUAACAGGUUUCAACGUACUUGUUUUAUGGACAACCUUAUGGAAAACUGUAAGAUUGGUCUUGGUGAGUAUAGUUUGAAGUUGCACUUGCAAGAGCAGCUUCUUUCUAAGGUUCUGAAUCUAAAUGGCAUUAGGAUAUCCCAUUUAAGAGUGAUACAAGAGAGGCUACACGACAAGAGGAUUCUUAUCAUUCUUGAUGAUGUUGAGAAUCUAGUUCAACUAGAGGCUUUGGCUAAUAUCAGCUGGUUUGGUCCUGGAAGUAGGGUUAUCGUGACCACUGAAAACAAAGAGAUUUUGCAGCAACAUGGUAUCAAUGAUAUAUACCAAGUGGGUUUUCCAUCAGAAAGCGAAGCUCUAACGAUCUUCUGUCUAUCUGCUUUUAGGCAAACGUCUCCACCGGAUGGGUUUAUGAAGCUUACUUGUGAAGUUGUUAAGAUUUGUGGUAAUCUUCCAUUGGGUCUGCAUGUUUUGGGGUCUUCAUUGCGGGGAAAGAGUCAAGCUGAUUGGAUUGAUGAACUACCAAGGUUGAAAAUUUGUCUUGAUGGGAGAAUUGAGAGCGUACUAAAAGUGGGUUAUGAGAGUUUACAUGAGAAAGACCAAGUUAUAUUUCUCCUCAUUGCAAUCUUCUUGAAUUAUGCACAUGUUGAUCAUGUGACAUCCGUGCUGGCAAAAACUAACUUGGACGUUAGUCUUGGGUUGAAAAACCUAGCGAAAAAAUAUCUCAUACAACGUGAAAGUAGUAUAGUCGUAAUGCACCAUUUGCUUCAAGUAAUGGCUACACAAGUCAUUUCCAAACAAGAACGUUCCAAACGCCAGAUUUUAGUCGAUGCCAAUGAAAUUUGUUUUGUUCUAGAAAUGGCAGAAGGUAAUGGAUCAAUUAUAGGUGUAUCAUUUGACGUAGCUGAGAUCAAUGAAUUAAGAAUAAGCGCGACGGCUUUUGCAAAAAUGUGCAAUCUUGCAUUCCUAAAAGUAUACAAUGGGAAACAUACUGAAAAAACACAACUGCACAUUCCAAAUGAGAUGGAAUUUCCACGUCGCCUAAAGUUACUACAUUGGGAAGCAUACCCAAAAAAGAGUCUACCUAUUGGAUUUUGUCUAGAAAAUCUCGUCAAAUUCAACAUGGCAUUUAGCAAGCUCGAGAAGCUUUGGGAAGGAACUCAGCCGCUUGCAAAUCUCAAGGAGAUGAAUCUCGCUGUGUCAACUCAUUUGAAAGAACUUCCAGAUCUUUCAAAAGCUACAAAUCUGGAAAGUUUGAAUCUUAAUGGUUGCACUGCGUUGGUAGAGAUUCCAUCCUCAAUUGUGAAUCUUCAUAAACUAAGUGAAUUAGGGAUGAGUACUUGCGAAAGUCUAGAAGUCAUUCCAACCCUCAUUAACUUGGCAUCUCUUGAAAGGAUCUGGAUGUUUCAAAGCCUACAACUUAAAAGAUUUCCAGAUUCUCCUACCAACGUCAAGGAAAUCGAGAUAUACGAUACAGGGGUAGAAGAGUUGCCUGCAUCACUUAGGCAUUGCACUCGCCUUACUACUCUUGAUAUAUGUUCCAACAGAAAUUUCAAGACCUUCUCAACACAUCUCCCUACGUGUAUAUCAUGGAUAAGCCUGAGUAAUAGUGGUAUUGAGAGGAUUACAGCCUGCAUCAAAGGUCUUCAUAAUCUACAAUUCCUUAUUUUAACAGGCUGCAAAAAACUCAAGUCAUUGCCGGAGCUCCCCGAUUCGCUCGAAUUACUAAGGGCAGAAGAUUGCGAGUCAUUAGAGAGAGUAAGUGGCCCCUUAAAAACUCCAACUGCAACGCUCAGAUUCACUAAUUGCAUCAAAUUGGGUGGACAAGCAAGGCGAGCGAUUAUCAAAGGAUCAUUUGUUCGCGGAUGGGCUCUCUUACCCGGAGGAGAAAUACCAGCAAAGUUCGAUCACCGAGUUAGAGGAAAUUCCUUAACAAUUCCUCAUUCUACUUCCAACAGAUUUAAGGUGUGCGUCGUGAUAUCACCCAACGAUCAAUACGUAAAAUUUAUGGAGUUAGAAUUAUUAUGUCGUUGCAAAGUCAUCGGCAACUCAGUAAACUCCUCUGACAUGAAGUUCAACCUAUUCAGAGUCUUUGAGUACAGGACAAAACAUUUAUUGAUAUUUCACUCUAGUUUGACAUUUAUUGACCCCUCCGAAGUGAGUAGAAAGAUAGUGCUCGAAUUCAGCAGCAGCAACCAAGUUUUGUACAUUCUUGAAUGCGGUGUCCAGAUCUUGACGGAAGAAGAAGAAGAUGUUGAUAGUAUAACUAACGAGGAAUCUGAUUCUGAAUCUGGCGAAAUGUCUGACAAAGAAGACGAUGAAGAGAGUUACAAAUCUCAAUCUGGAGAAGCAUCUGAAGAAAAGGAUGAGGGUAUCAGUGAUGAUGAUAACCACAAAUCCUUAUCAAGGAAGCGUAUGAGGAUAACCUCUGCUCCCAUAGCUGUCUCCUUCUCAAUGGUGGCGAUGCUACUCCUCCACCAACUUGUGAAACGAAGAUGAUUGACUUAGAAUCGAUGUCGAUAGGC